AUGGAUCUAAUUUCAACUGGCUUCGGCAUAUCCGGCCCUUCCAAUGCAAGCGAGAGCUCUCAGGCUCAGAUCAUCAGGCGCUUGAUUCAACAAAACAGCCGUCUGAGAGAGGCUUGGGAGGCCGAACGGAAAUAUCUGGAGGCAAAUCGCGAACGAGCAGAAGAGGUUUACAAGGAAGAGCGGGCUCUAAUGGAGGAAGAACGAGAGGCAUGGGAGGCAGAGAGAACUGCUUUGUUGCAAGAGAUACAGCGGCUGCGGCAGCAGGUUGUCUCGCUCAGUGGAGGUGCCACACAGACUUCUACACCCGACUUUCUCAAGCCAAGCACAACUCUAGCGAAUGAGUCUGGUCCCAUGCCCGUUGUUGAUGUGCAUGAGAUCGAUCCUGAGCUGGAGGGGAUCAGAAUCAAAGCUGCUGCUGUUAAAAAGCCCACCUUUGCCGAUCACGUUGGAGAUUCUGAUUCCGGAGUAUCGAAGUUGUCUGAUCCACCAGCAACAACUUCAGUGCAGCCCAGGUCCGCACGGACCUCGAACCCACAGACUUUGGAAGUUCUCGCAGCCAAAGAAUCCGAUCGCCUUACCAUGCACGCUGGCCACACACCGAAUCACUCUCUCUCAUCUGUGGCCACAGUCACAUCAUCUGCAACAGCAACCGCAACAGCUAAUGGUGGCGACAGCACUCCUGCCGCGCAAGGAGCAAACGAUAUGACCGUCCAACGGGCAGCUGUCAGUUUCGAGGAAGCAAGCGAUACUCCGGAACCAGCGCAAAGCACCGCUCUAGUUAAGAAUGCUUCACAGGGCUCGGACUAUGACCCUUACGACAAUGAGCCUGAGCCCCUCUUCAUACCUGACGAAGAUCGCCCGCUCAGGGGGGCCGUUGAUGAAGAGGUCUCGAAGGACGAUGAGGCAGCGCUUCCUGCAGUGUUGAAAAGCUCUGCCGACUCUUAUGAACAGCAGCAGAAGCUCUCUGAUGGAGUUGACAAGGACAACGGGGGCACUGAGUCUGCCGAGGAAUCAGAGGUUCCGCUAAAGUUCAAAAACUGCUUGAAUUUUGGGGCACCCUUCGGAGCAAUACGCUAA